GUACAACUGAAGACCACACGAGUGGGGCAUGUUCAGGGAUUUCAUUUAAGUUACCGCGGGGACAGCGUUUGUGAUAUUUCUGGUGUUAAAGGCUCAACUUGUCUGCAUUUCUUUUGAGUGACACGGACAAAACAAAAACAAAGAAUGUCUUCGCGGUACUGGGCUUUACAUGAUAAUUACGUCCCUAAUCGAUGGAGCCAAAGCAGCCUUGCGUCUCUAGUCCUCACCGUGGGCUGUUUGGUGGUAAUAGGUGUGCUCACCUCUAUCGCUCUAACGGAGAAAUCCACCGCUAAAAGAAAUAGCCAACACCUUGGAGACCAAGUCAAGAUAGCGUGGGAUACAAGCAAUGAUCUGGGUGAUCCUGUUUCUGAUGAGCAGAGCAAAUUUGUUCUUGUUGAGAGCAUUCCUCUCUAUAUGACAUAUAAUGUCAACGCCACCUUUGGAACUCCCCUGUACAAAGCCUGGAAAGACCUCCUAGCCAUGGCAACCAAAAGCGUGGAUGUGGCCUCUUUCUACUGGACUCUUACAGGUGACGACAUUAGGGUCAACUCAUCCACUGACUUACCAGGGAGGGAUAUAUUCAAGCUCUUUCAGGACCUGCCUUCAAGAAAUGUUUUGGUACGUGUGGCCACCAGUAUUCCCACUGUGGCACGACACUCUACUGAUCUGCAGGUGCUGAAGGAAAAAGGGGUCCAUGUGAAAGAGGUGAACUUUGGCCUUUUGACAAAGGGUAUACUGCACACCAAGCUGUGGAUUGUAGACAUGAAACACGUUUAUAUUGGAAGUGCCAACAUGGACUGGAGAUCUCUAACACAGGUGAAGGAGCUUGGAGUGGUGAUAUACAACUGUUCCCAACUGGCUGAGGACCUCGAGAAGAUCUUCCUGUCUUACUGGGUGCUUGGUCACUACAACGCAUCCAUCCCAGACCCCUGGCCCUCUGACUUUGAUACCAGCAUCAACACAGAGCACCCCCUUUUGCUGAACAUGAGUGGUGUAGCCAGCAGGGUCUACAUCUCUGCCUCGCCCCCCUCUUUCUGCCCGGCUGGUAGAACAAAAGAUUUAGACUCUAUCCUCUCUGUGAUCGAAGGGGCGGAGCAGUUUAUUGAUGUGUCUGUCAUGGAGUACUUUCCCACCUCUCGUUUCACCCAUCCCAAGAGGUACUGGCCAAUCAUCGAAGAUGCACUGAAGCAGUCAGCUUUUGAUCGGCAGGUUCCAAUCCGUCUGCUGAUUAGUUGUGGGCAGGACACAGACCCAGCCAUGCUACCCUUCCUCCAGUCCCUCAGCGCCCUGCACCAGCCAUCCCAAAACAUCAGCAUUGAAGUGAAACUGUUCAUAGUGCCAGUGGGGAACCAGUCAAACAUUCCCUACUCUAGAGUGAACCACAAUAAAUACAUGGUGACUGAUAAAGAAACAUAUAUUGGAACAUCUAAUUGGUCAGCUGACUACUUCAUCACAACGGCAGGGGUGAGCCUGGUGGUUUCUCAGGACGUGCCCCACCCGAGCUCGGUGGGGCAGACACUGCAGGAGCAGCUGAGAGGUGUGUUCGAGAGGGACUGGAACUCUCAGUUUUCUGUGGCUCUGUCUGACCUGGGCCACCAUCCUGACUGUAGUUUCACCGAAAGACCUAGAAAAACUGCUUCGUGAUAACAGAGCUCACUGGGCAGGGCUUUAAAAGCUCCUCACUUGUGAAGAGAGAAGUCCUAACCUGAACAAAAGCCAGCAGAGUAGAGCAGUAGUCAUGGCUUUGGACUCAUUUUCUGCUGUAGACUUCCACUGUACACCUGGGCAAAGUCCUCCACAGUCUCUUUUUUCAAAGUUAUAUCAAGGAGUUAUUUUUGUACCUCAAAGUGUAGAUUUGUAGACAGAUGUUAUAAAGCUUCCACCAUAUGAUCCACAGACACCCAACUCCCAUUUGUUCAGCAGAGGACUUACACAGGUGCAUGCAUAUCAUCAUUUACAA